AUGAAGUAUGUCUCAAGAAACAAAACUAUUGCUCGAGUGGAUAAUGGAUUAAUUUCCCAAUACAAUGCUGAAAUCAAUUAUUGGAAGAAUGUACUCAAAAAGAUUGUUGCUGUGGUGAAGUUUUUGGCUUCAAGAGGACUUGGAAUUCGUGGUGAUGAUGAAAUAUUGGGAUCUCAAAAUAACGGUAAUUAUUUGGGAUGCUUAAAAUUAAUAAGCGAGUUUGACCCUUUUCUAGCUGAUCAUAUACAAAACUACGGAAAUCGUGGAAAAGGAAGUACAUCAUAUUUGUCUGCAAAUAUUUGCAACGAAUUUAUUAAUAUAAUAGGAAAAAAAGUAUCAACAACGAUUAUUAGUGAAAUAAAUGGAGCAAAAUACUACUCAAUAAGCGUCGAUUCCACACCAGACCUGUCUCAUAUAGACCAACUUACUUUUAUUGUACGGUUUGUUAAAGACGGAAAGCCUAUUGAGAGAUUUUUGCUAUUUUUGCCUAUCGAAGAGCAUAAAGCGCAAUACAUGGCAGAUACGGUUUUAAACUUUUUGGAAAACCUUAAAAUUCAAAUGAAAAAUUGUCGUGGGCAGAGUUACGACAACGCCGCAAAUAUGGCAGGAAAGUAUUCUGGUCUACAGGUAAAAAUUAAAGAGCAAUGUAAAUUUGCAAUUUUCGUCCCAUGUGCAGCACAUUCGUUGAAUCUAGUAGGUGUCCAAGCGGUUGGAUGUGUUUCAGAAGCAGUAGCAUACUUUCAAUUCGUCCAGAAAUUGUUCAAUUUUUUUUCGAGUUCAAACAAUCGAUGGAAGAUAUUAAAAGAAUGUUUAGGCGGACAAAAAGUUCUGAAAAGCUUAUCUGAAACCAGAUGGUCUGCACGCACUGAUGCUAUUAAUGCUUUGCAUAAUGGUUAUGAUCAUAUUUUUGAAGCUUUAUUAUUAAUCGCUAAAAACACUGAUCAAUCAGCAGAAACGAGAAACGAGGCACAAAGUAUUGCGAAAAAAUGGAAAAAUUGGAGACCAUUAUCCUAA